AUGUUUAUCCUGACUGUCUGUAUUGUGGGAGUAGCCGUGGCAGGAGUUAUCUAUCUCCGUCAGAUCUACUCAGCCUUCAGCAAGUAUGGAGUCAAACACAUCACCCCGUUACCUUUGGUCGGGAACAUGGGCAAGCAGUGCCUAGGCUUAGAGCACUUCGCGGAUCACAUAACAAGAUUAUAUAACAAGUUCCCGGAGGAAAGGUUUGUCGGAAGAUUUGAAUUUGUAAAUGAAUUGGUGGUCCUCCGAGAUCUGGACCUGAUUAAGCGGGUGUUCACUAAAGACAUGGAGUGCUUCGAUCACCGCUCGCCCUUUAGUGAAGUGAUUCUUUCUUCGGUAGAAAUCUGUCAAGAAUGGAAGAAAAUGCGUGCUACAUUGAGUCCGGCGUUCACUGGCUCCAAGAUACGCAAGAUGGUGCCUUUCAUAAUGGAAGUGGCUGGCUAUAUCAACAUUGAUUGUGAAGAACUCACAUCGAGCUACGCAAACGAUGUCAUUGUCUCCUGCGCUCUUGGGCUUAAAGUUGAUUCUUACAAGGAUCCGGAAAACCCGAUUUAUGCAAGAGGCAGGGAAUCUGCAACUUUUGGCUUUCGCGAAGUGUUCAUGUAUUUCCUAAUUUCAAAUUUGCCCUCAUUGGCUAAGAUCUUUGAAUGGGAUAUCCUGUCAGAGGGCUGUAAGGAGUUUUUCAGGAACUUAGUGUUAGAUGUCAUUAAAGACCGCGAGUUGAAACAGAUAGUCAGGCCUGAUAUGAUCCACUUACUUAUGGAAGCUAAGAAAGGUAAAUUGUCAGACAAUACGUCGAAAUCAGAUAAAGCUAAUACUGGAUCUGCAAUGUUUGAACCAUCCUGCUGUCACUACAAGACAAACGGAAAACGGUAA